AUGUCUAUCCUCCCUCUCUAUUACCAAGACGGCAACCAUUCCGGCGGUACCGUUCAUCAUCUCGUUUACCCCGAUGAGAAUUCGGAAGUCUUCGAGAUGGUUCGACUGCAGCAUUGCAGUACACUUUCGGCUGUGUCUUCAUCUGAGCCAGUCUACGUUGUGGAAGACCCGUACCGCUGGCAUCACAGGGCUACCGCUGUGUCUCGACUUCCACCGCUGAGGGCUCAACCGGGCCUCACCACACUUGAGCCAUUGGCUCCGGUGCAGCACUUGGUGUUGCUUUUGCUUCUGCAGAAGCAAUAUUUGGGGCCCAGUAGGACUAUGGCGCUCUCUCCGGGGAUAUUUCACUUUGUGAAAUACGACGUCUACCGUUCGGUCACCAUGUCCCGAGACCUGUUGAAGGGUCUCGAUGGUGACAGGAAGAGUAGACAGCGAAAGCUGGACUGCUUGAAGUGCGUUCAAGAGUUGUAUAUCGACUCUAUGGACGCACUGUGGGACCUCGCUAAUCUCCACUCCCCUCAACGUUCCUACAUGUUCAAAUCCUGCUACAGCAUCAUGCCCAACGCCCGCACUGUCCAUAUCCACCGCCGGGCAAUUGUGGCCCAGUAUACACUGGAGAAAGGCAAGCGAGCGGAUGAGCCGGUUCCUUGGAGUUGGCUAAAAGAGGGAGUAAUGAGGCAGUUGGGAGAGAGUGUGGAGGUGAGGUUCUACGGGGAAUAUGACACGGACUGUACGGGGCAGUCUGUUUUUGCCAGAGUCACCUACGCUCUGCCCGGCAAGCUUCUCAGGAGUCAGGAAAGCGCUGAGGAACUCGAAGAGCGCCGUCUACGGCGGAAAGAUAUCAGAGGAAAGCUUUGUCUACGGAUCAUAUUAGCGCUGGUGACUAUCGCGUUCAUCGCGUUCUGGGGGGAUAUAAUCUGGAUUAUACGGCGGAAGGCGCAAAAGGAUCAGGACCAAUAG